ACCUUGAAUUGCUAUGUUCAAUGUGUCUGUGUUUCAUUUAAAUUCAACAUAAUAAAUGGGACUUUCUAAUUUUCUUCACAGUUGAUUGAUGAUGAAAAAAAGGCCUGAACCAAUAUCAUGUCCUGUUUGUUCUAAGAGCGUUUAUUUUGCAGAGGAAGUUAGGGCUAUGGGUCGUGCAUUUCAUAAACAAUGCUUUAAAUGCUGUCAGUGUUCUAAAAGUUUGGACAGCUUUACUGCGAACGACCACAAGGGUUCUUUGUACUGCAAAAGUUGCUAUGCAAAGAACUAUGGACCAAACAUAUAUGGCUUUUCAACUAAUGGUACGUUAGGUAGGAGUACGUAUGAUCUUCGAGAUUGUACCAAAGUGAAUGGUUAUACACAUUCCCACAGUCCUAUGAUAAAUCAAUCACAUGAUCAUCAUCAUCAUCAACAACAAGAACGUUCAUCAAAUUGGGAAACUAGUGGAAAUUAUAUUCCACGUACUAAUAAUCGUACACGAUGGUCUAGUGGAAAUUAUGGUUCAGCAUCAAAUCGUUGUGCAAAUUGUCCUGAUAUUGUUUAUGCUAAUGAAAGAGUUGAUGCAGUAGGGAAAGUAUUUCAUCGUUUAUGUUUUAAAUGUACCGAUUGUCAACGUCUUCUUGAUCGUGGUACAGCAUGUGAUCAUAAUCGUGAAGUGUUUUGUCAAAAUUGUUAUACUAAAAAUUUCGGUUCCAAAGGUAUCAAAGCUGGUACAAAUCUACGUUGUGCUUGAAUGUGUACUCGUUUUUUUCGGAAAAGAAACCAAGAAUUCUAUAAUUUUCUUUCAUUAAACAACUUAUAAAACCACCGAUCAUAUUUGUCAUUAUCGUUUCAUUUUUACACAUCAAUCAAUCAAUCAAUCAAUCAAUCAGUGAACCAUUAUUGUACACUUUUUAUUCACGUUCAAUAUAGUCAAUGUUCAACUGUGUGUUCGUUCAAUGAUGCACAUUCCGAAUUUGUUUUGUUUUUUGCUCAAUCAAAUCAAGCUUCUUUUUUUUAAACAAAACAAUCGCGUUCCAAUUUACCAUUCAACAACAUAUCAUGCAGACUUUUCAAAAUCAUCAUCGAGAGUUGGCGUUUUUUUUUCUGGUUGAAUCAUUGAGAAUUGAACAAGUGAGGGCUGCUUUUAAAGAGAGAGAGAAAUAAACCUCCUCUCCUGGUUAUAUAUAUAUGCAUUUGUAUUCUGUUACUUAAUUUUUAAAAAAGCAGCUUCAUUUUGUCUGGUUGGUUACUUUUUCUCUUUUGUCAAACUUUAUCUAAUCAUGUGUUACUAGUAGUUAGUACCUUGAGAGUAAGUACUUUUUAAAUAUUUUAAUAUUCUACUAUUCUUACUACUUAUUAUUAUUGUUGUUAGUAGUAUUAGCAGUUGUUGUUGUAGUAGUUGUGAUUGUAGUAGUAGUGAUUGUAUCAUUCUUGUCAAUGAUCAAGUGUUAGCGCAACUUGUCCUCCAUAUGGAAUGUAUUUUUGAAAUUGUCUCCGAUAUCUAAUCUACGAUGCCAUGUUACAAAAUGAAUGUGAUUUUGUUAAAUUAAUCUACAAUGGUUUUCAAUUUUUUUUUAACAAGAUUGUUGUUUUAAAAAUCAGUAAUAUAUAUAAAUUGUUUAAAAGAUUA